GCGCUCAUGGCUCGUCGCGGCCUGCCCAACAUCCUGAUCACCGGCACGCCGGGGACGGGCAAGUCGACGCUCGCCUCCGUAGUCGCCCGGCGAUCGGGCCUCGACUGGCUCAACGUCGGUCAAGUCGCCAAGAAAAACGAUCUCUUCGACGGCUACGACAAAAAAUACGACUGCGCUGUCCUCGACGAAGACAGGGUGGUCGACGAGCUUGACGACAAGCUGUCCCAACCGUCCGGCGGCAACCUGGGCGACUACCACGGCUGCGACUUCUUCCCCAAGCGUUGGUUCGACGUGGUGUUCGUUCUGCGGACGGACAACGCCUCGCUGUACGACAGACUGCGGGCGCGCGGUUACACCGGCAAGAAGCUUGAGGAGAACGUGCAGUGCGAAAUCUUCCAGACGAUCCUCGACGAGGCCCGCGAGUCGUACGACCCCAGCAUCGUGUUCGAGCUACCCAGUAACAGACAUUUGAAAAGGAGCAUACAAAAAUCACUAUUUGAAAAGAUAAAUUAUCAGAACUUGUGGAUCUUGAACUAUGCGCUAAACAAAAAACAAUGGUUCUUCUGGAAGCAAGAUAUGAUUCGAAAAGCCUACGUUUUCAAAAUGACGUAUAUAAAAUGGUAA